GUCGGGCGGCCGCGGCCAUGACGCAGGGUCCGGGCGGGCGCGCGGCCCCCCCGCCCCCCGCACCCCCGGAGCCUGAGGCGCCCACCACCUUCUGCGCGCUGCUGCCGCGCAUGCCGCAGUGGAAGUUCGCGGCCCCAGCCGGCUUCCUGGGCCGCGGCCCGGCGGCGGCGCGGGCUGCGGGGGGCGCGGGGGCGGCGGGGGGAGCCGAGCCCGAGCCCGAGCCGGCCGCCUCGGCCGGCGUCCCGGCGCUGGCGGCGGCGGUCCUGGGCGCCUGCGAGCCGCGCUGCACCGCGCCCUGCCCCCUGCCUGCGCUCAGCCGCUGCCGGGCUGCCGGGGCGCGGGGGUCGCGGGGCGCGCGGGGGGCAGCCGGGCCCCCGGACUCCGCCGCCGACGAGUGGAUCCGCAAAGGCAGCUUCAUCCACAAGCCGGCGCACGGCUGGCUACACCCGGACGCCAGGGUCCUGGGGCCCGGGGUCUCCUACAUCGUUCGGUACAUGGGCUGCAUCGAAGUCCUCCGUUCCAUGCGCUCCCUGGACUUCAGCACUCGCACCCAGCUCACCAGGGAAGCCAUCAACCGGCUCCAUGAGGCCGUGCCUGGCAUCCGGGGCUCCUGGAAGAAGAAGGCCCCCAACAAGGCACUGGCCUCCAUCCUGGGCAAGAGCAACCUGCGCUUCGCGGGCAUGAGCAUCGCCGUCAGCAUCUCCAUCGACGGCCUCAACCUCUCCGUUCCCGCCACGCACCAGAUCAUCGCCAGCCACCACAUGCAGUCCAUCUCCUUUGCGUCGGGGGGUGACACGGACAUGGUGGAUUACGUGGCCUACGUGGCCAAGGACCCCAUCAACCAGAGAGCCUGCCACAUCCUGGAGUGCUGCGAGGGCCUCGCCCAGAGCGUCAUCAGCACCGUGGGCCAAGCCUUCGAGCUGCGCUUCAAACAGUACCUGCACAGCCCCCCCAGGGUUGUCGUCCCCCCGGGAAGGCUGACCGGGCCGGAGGACUCGGCCUGGGGGGACGAGGACGAGACAGAACACAGCUACUACAACCGCACUCCCGGGAAGGAACCGCCCCUGGGCGGGCUGGUGGACUCCAGGCUCACCCCUGCGCAGCAGCCCUGUGCCCUCGGGGCCCUUGGCCAGGGAGCAUCUCCUGCUCGAAGAGACGCCCGAGGCCCGCAGUGGGACGUGGGCCCCUCAGCCCCGCCCGGGGAUGGCUACGUGCAGGCAGACCCGCGGGGCCCGCGAGACUACGAGGACCACUUGUAUGUCAACACGCAAGGUCUGGACGGCCCGGAGACCCUGCAGCCUGAGGACAGCCCCAAGAAGGACCUGUUCGACAUGAGACCCUUCGAGGAUGCCCUGAGGCUGCACGAGUGCUCCGUGGCCGCGGGUCCGGCGGCAGCCCCCCUUCCCGUGGAGGACCAGUGGCCCAGCCCGCCGACCCGCCGGGCCCCCAUCGCCCCCACGGAAGAGCAGCUGCGGCAGGAGCCCUGGUACCACGGCCAGAUGAGCCGUCGGGCGGCGGAGAAACUGCUUCGAGUGGACGGGGACUUCCUUGUGCGGGACAGCGUCACCAACCCGGGGCAGUAUGUCCUCACCGGCAUGCACGCAGGGCAGCCCAAGCACCUGCUGCUCGUGGACCCCGAAGGCGUGGUUGUGGCUCUCAGCCUGUGGCUCCUUGUCCCCGCUCCCCCCGGAUGGCCCUGUGGUGGCCUUAGGGGCCCUCAGCCUUUCUCUGGACCCUGGUCGGGCCGGAAUCGCCGCUGUCUCUCCUUCCUCCGCGUGGGUCUCUGGAAUCUUCCUUCUCCAGCUGGCCCUGGGCUGGGCUGGGUCAAGCCCGCCUGGAGACGGAGCCCACGACCCCUUUCUCCCACCGAGCCCUCUGCCUGCCGCCAGCCUUCACCUGGAGUGAGGGCACACAUACCAAAGACAGAGCCUUUUCUCGCCUUUAAAGAAAGUAUAUCAGAAAGCAGCCCUCUAUCUCGGAGCCCUGGCCCAGGUUCCUGAUGGGGCAAGGAGGCACCGUUUCCUUUCCCGGCUGGACGUCAGCUCACCUCCCUGGAACCAGCAGGUCCCCAGUUCCCUGGCAUGGAGACGGGUUCCUGUCCUGGCCGGGCUCAGAUUUUCCACCUGAAAAAUUAGUGCACAGUUGUCUUUUGUGGGGAGAAUCGAGGUGCUUUGGGCCCUCAGGCCAGGGCAAAUGCUGAUGUGGAAGUGGGGGGCAGCCUUGGGAUGAUGGGGGGUAUCCAGGCAACCCCAAGACAACUGACCCGGGUGGGGGUGGUUGUGAGGCCCCCGCCCUCCCAGCUGUCAACCUGCACUGGACACUUGGACUCUGUUUGUAAUUAAACCUGGGAAUGACCACAGGGCGCGUGAGCCGUCCUGCGCCUUACAAGGCCUUCUCGGGGUGGGGGUCUGGGUUCAGUCUCCUGAACUGGGGGGAAGCCAAGGCAGCAUCGGAUUUGGCCUCCCCGGGGCCGGAGGAAGAGGGAGCCAGGCCCUGGCUGUGCCCCUGUUUGCGGGGGGGUGGCGAAUCCCCCUGACAUUUCCCAGAACCUCAAUCUUAUCCUGAGACAAAGCACACUCCAGCUCCUCUGUUAAACAUACCCCCAGCUUCUCUUUGGAAACACUCUAUCUCCCAAAUGCCAGAAACUUCUUCUGUCCUUCGAGAUACCCCCAGAUAUCUGGCAAAAAGCUCUUUGUUUUCUUCUCCAAAUAGCUCCUAACUUGUCCUGAAAGAUGGCCUGACUUCUCGGUCUCCCAACGUCUCUCGUCCUCAUUUUCCUGAGAAGACCCCAGUUCUC